AUGAUAGACCACGUAUUGGGUAGACCAUCCAACAAGUCGCGGAGGCUUCAGGUGCUCGCCGUUUUGGCAUUUUGGUCGGCCUAUUUAUAUAGGCAAGUCUUAGGUGACCGGCAUGGCCCUCCCCUCAUCCGACGCCUGUCGAGGCUAUCAUCCAAGGUCACAACGUGGCAAACCGUCGUCAUCACCAUGAUGUACUUGUACGCGGCUCGGAACUUCAGCACUUUGGUAGGACUGGCGAGCCCCGAGCCGAUGGCCAACAUGUACGACGCGGCAUACUUCCGAGCAACAUGGGUACUGACUGCGCUGGAUGCGGGAUUUUGGACAGCUAUGAAGAUCAAGAGGAAAUGGCUGCGGGAUAUCGCGAGCACGGUUUUCUCCAUCUUUUACAUGGUGGCUGCGGAGCAAGCCGAUGAGAAGGUCCGGAGGGUCAGAGGGAUGCUCACUGUAGAGCACUUGCGGGUCAGUUGGAACAAGGGGACGACACCUUAUCUUCAAUUCUUCCAGAACUUGAUCCGCCCCCGAUUUACUCGCUGGCCACCCCGAGCUAUUCGCAUUCCGAGACCAAGCAUGAGCGAUUACAAGGAGCCUGUCUCUGGGUGGCUCUAUUAUGACGGGCCCAUUUCGGAUCUUGAACAUAUAAACAAGAUGAUACUCGACAUCCCGGGUGGUGGCUUCGUUGCCAUGGAUCCGAGGUGCAACGACGACAAGUUGUUUGCGUGGGCAGGAAAGACCGGUUUGCCGGUCCUCAGUCUGGACUACAAGAAGGCCCCCGAGUUCCCUUACCCCUAUGCGCUGAAUGAGUGUUUUGAUGUCUACACCACUAUCGUCAAAAGCAAAGGUCGAUGUGUCGGCAUGUCUGGGCGCGAGAUGCCCAAGGUGGUUGUUACUGGCGACAGUGCGGGCGGCAAUCUCGCCACAGCUAUGACAUUGAUGAUCAUCGAAACCAGGACAACCAAGAAACGUCCCGGUCUAACCCAAACGGAGCUUCCUGUUCCCGAUGGGCUCAUACUGCUCUAUCCUGGACUGGACAUGAAUAUUGGCAACUGGAUGUCUGACGAGCAGAUGUCACUAGUCCAAGAUCGGAGGUUGCGCGGGACGAACAAGGACUACCUGCGCCGUAAAAGUCACCAGUUCAACGAUCUUGUGGGUACUCCGCACCCGUCUGAUGACGAGGAUGAUUCGCCGCCUCAAAAUGGAACCCCCAAGUCUUCCAGCGAUGUAGCCGCAAAACAAUCCCCUGAAAUAGCGGUGGUUGACGAGAAUGGUGUGCGGAGUCCGCACCCAGAGUACUCUCAUGCCAACCGCCAGUCAUGGGCCAACGCUCAAGUAACACCGCCACCAUCUACAAAUCAAAAUGGCAAGUCGAUUUUGCACAAGCCCGGGCCGAUGCGGACUCGUCUUGCCAUGGCCUCAAUGAUCUCGUACUUCAACGAUCGUGUCUUGACGCCCGAGAUGAUGCGAGCGAUGAUCAUCCUCUACGUCGGCCCGCACAACCGACCGGAUUUCUCGCAAGACUACUUAUUAUCUCCAAUCCUCGCACCUGACAUCCUCCUACAACAAUUCCCCAAGACGCAUUUCCUAACCGGCGAGCGCGACCCUCUCGUCGACGACACCGUCAUCUUCGCUGGCCGCCUCCGCAAGGUGAAGCAAGCCUACUACUCGCAGCGCAAAUCCCAGGGCAUAGAAGGCCUAGACGACAUCUCCGACUUCGACGAGAAGGACGUCGUGGAAGUGGUCCUCAUUCCGGGUAUCAGCCACGGCUUCACCCAGUUCCCGACCGUGUACCCGCCGGCGUGGAAGCUCAUCAACCGUUGUGCCUUGUGGGCCACGGACCUACUCAACGCGGCGGAGAACCGUGAGAAGUACGAGCAGCAGAUGCGGAGGCCGAGACACCACUUUCGCGUCGAAUCGAGCGAUGCUGAGGAUAGGCCACUGGAGAUGAGUAUGACGAGGUCAAGGGUGCGAACUGUCAAUGAUGAGUCCAAGGCGAAGGAGGUGGUCGCGGGACAGAGCGGAAAUUCGCACAAUCCUGAAGCUGCUGAGAAUGGCACUCAUAGGAAGAAAAGGAGCGACAGGGCGAGAUUGGGGGCGAAAUCGAAGAGCAUUAUUAGGCUUAAGAGCUCAGAUGAUUUACUGGGGAGGCGCAUGCAAGGUUUGGCGGGAGCGCUUACAGGGACGGGGGAUGAAGACUGAAGGUUUGAUUGAAUGAACGAGCACUGGUAGAUGGGCAUCUGGUUGGUGUAAUACAACUAGGCAGUAUUGAGCAUCAGUAUGUAACAGGAACAGGCCGAGAGGAUUCCAUCCCUGUAUGCUCAUUCUCUAGAGUCGUUAGUCACUAUAUGUACCUUGACGUAGACAUACCACACAGUCACCUAUCGAAGAAAAUAUAUGC